CCAAUAUCUGGCCUGCAUCUUUAUCUGGUCCAUGCAAGAAGCAGAUUCUGAUAAUAACAAGGACGAAGGAUUUUUUUGCUUACUAGAUGGUCUGUCUGUCGGCGAUCUUACCUCAUUCGCGUGGGAAAACGAAAGCGAUACCGAGACGGACGAGCGGGGCGACGUCUCGGUUUUCCGUGAAGUUUUGUCACCCUUGGACUCCAAGGAGAAAACGCAGCAAAUUAGGGUAUCUUCAGCUUCCAAGAUUCCCGUAAGCGAAGAUCAUAAUCGCCAUAUUUUUCCUUUAGCAUACAAAAGCUCUGGGUACUGUACAAGGGAUGGAAAAGUGCAACGACCUCAAGUGCAGGUUGUAGACAUGGGUCCGCGGCGAGGCAAUGGGCUGAUUACGCGCACUGCUCUUCGACGAGGAGAAGUGGUUUAUACUGAGCAAACUCUCAUGGCAACGCAGAUACCGCAAACAGAGACUAUUAACAAAAGGGAAGAGUUGUUUUCUAUCCGAGCUUGUCAAAACUGCUUUCGGUCCAUGGAGCCGAUCACAUCCUGUCGAACAGCUAAUUCCUUAGCAAGCUUACCUCUGCCGCAUUUAUGGCCGGUCUCAGAUGUCACCCUUCUCGACGAGGCCAUGAAGGCUUCCUCUCCGAGGAAUGGUCAAGAUAAAUUCGGCCGGAUUCAGUGUCGACUGUGUCACGCUUGGUUUUGUACCAUACAUUGCAAAACCAUCCACAACCGCAAGAUGGGAUCUUGCUGCAUCGCUACGCAAGCGCUAGAAUCGCUGCUCUGUUUUCGUGAUAUCGAUGAACCAUAUGAAGUUCAGGCGGCAGUUACAUGGGCCGUGCGAAUGUUCGUGGCCGAAACCCAAAGAUUCAGGGUGUCGAACACGUUGCUUGGCUCUCUUCUGGAAGGCUUUUGCGGCGAGGCCUCAGAUUUGACAGCUUUAGAGCUCGGCAUACUGAGUAAGCAUGAGAAUGGAUUACUAUGGACCUAUACGUUGCAGCCCAUCUACGAGUCCUUGGUUCGUCUUCUCAGGCUCACUCCUGAUGAACAAGAGUCAUUGUCUUUGAUGUUUUUGCACGAACUUGCAUCUAAAGCGGGGCGCAACGGCUUUGGCAUGCUGACUCAAUCGCCCUUCAAAGCCUAUUAUGCCGGAAUUUUACGCAACUCGGGGGGACGCGGUUCGAAAAGACACGAAGGACUGAUGAAGCAAGUGGCCCAGGCUUUGGGGUCACAACGUUUGGAACGUGGGAUGGAUCGUGUAGUGGAAGACAAGGUGGCCCCAGAGAUUGUGGCAGUCUUUCCUUUGACCGCCCGGAUCAAUCAUUCGUGCGUCCCGAAUGCACAAGUACAGAGUCAAGAAUUUGUGGAUGCACGUAUUGAUGUUGUGGCUCUGCGGGACAUUGCGGCUGGUGAAGAGAUUACCAUCAGCUAUAUCGGAUGUGGCCGCACGUCCGGGUCCAAAAGCACAAGUCGUAGACGACGCGAACUCCUGGCAAAGUAUCUCUUUACCUGCGAAUGCCCCAGAUGCACAGCCAAGGAGUAG